AUGAAACUUGUAAAAGGUCUGUUUGACAUCAAAAGUUUUAAUGGCAUCCCAGUGGAGAAAUGUGAAGAAGCCAUGAAGUGUCCUGAAGGUCAAGUUUAUAGAUUGGGACCCACAUGGGAUUGUGACGAUCGUAUUUGUCGAGGAUAUUUACCAUAUUGUGAAAAUCCUGAAGAACGAGUUGCUCGUUGCUUCUGUGAAGAUCCAUUGGAAAGCAUGGAUGGAAACAGAUGUGUGAGAAUUUGUCCACCAUAUCCAUAA